AUGGCGCUAGAAGAUGAGUGGACAUGCGACGCCAAUGAUGCGCUCCACAUCACGAUUGUGCAACCGGGCGAGACGAAGCCAAAAACACUCUCUGCCUUUCACCCUCAAUUCACCUACCCCAUUUUCGGGGAUGAAGAGCAGAUUUUUGGGUAUAAAGGCUUGAUCAUUCGACUGCGCUUUGCCGCCCAUGACCUACGACCACACAUUCACAUAUCAUAUGACGAUCGGUUCAGAGCUGUGGGUGAAGUCACUGCUGCGGACAUCCUCGGCAUUCUCAAGCCAUUUGCACCAGAAGAAGCUUUUAUCAAUCUGGCAGACUACGAGCAGGCGAUUCAGGAUGAUCCCGAGGCAAAAGAUUUCACACCUCCUGGAAAGCUUGUCAACACAUAUCAGGCAGAUGAACGGACAUAUGAGAUCUGGGCAGGCUCACUCGCGGAUCCGGCAGUGCGACUUAUCCUUGACCGGGCCCAGAUUCUCGUGUCACUUUUCAUCGAGGCCGGCACACCCUUGGAGACAGAUGACCCUGAGUGGACUCUGGAUCGGUGGAUGAUUUACUUUGUUUAUGAAAAAGUGAAGCCUUCAACGCCAUCAUCAUCAUCAUACUCAAUCGUUGGGUACGCCACAACCUACCGGUACUGGCUCUACCAACGUGAUCGCUCUGUGCCCCCAGUUGUGAAAGAUGAUGCUUUUCCACUGCCCGAGAUCAAACUCUCAGAACUUCCUUCACGACUUCGCAUCGCACAAUUCCUCAUCCUCCCCUCACAUCACCGAGCCGGCCACGGCACACAUCUCUACACAACGAUCCACACCUCGUGUAUCGCAGAUCCCACGAUCAUCGAAUUGACGGUCGAGGACCCAAAUGAGAGCUUUGAUGCCCUGCGAGAUGCCGCUGACUUCUGUCUUCUACAACCUGAAUUCGAGAAAUACCAGGUUGAUAUUAACCCGGAUCCCCGGGGCGCUUACUCGCGCAAAGAGCGCAUCCAAUCCGUCCCCACGGCAGAGCUCAUUCCAAUUAAGACUUUGGAAGGAAUCCGCGCGUCUUUCAAGAUAGAGUCAACUCAAUUCGCACACAUUGUCGAAAUGUACCUCCUCAGUCGAAUUCCCGAGAGUCAUCGCCUGGCUGGUGGUGCCAACCUGGCGCGUUUGUUAAUCAAAAAGGCGCGAGCGGAGGACCCGAACGACCGGAGAUACUAUUGGUGGCGCGUACUCAUCAAACAGCGCCUAUUCAAAAAGCAUAAGGAACUGUUGCAGGAAUUGGAGGUGCUUGAUCGAGUGGAAAAGCUCGAUGAUACGGUACGCAAUGUUGAGGAGGGAUAUGAGAUCACCUUGUCUGCUGUGAAGGAACGGCUAUCGGAGCCUGCUGUGGAGCAGGCGGUUGUGACCUCUGGUCCCCGUCAAAAACGCAAACUCGCCAUUGAAGAUGACGAGGAUGAACAGGAUGAGGAUGCGGACGAGACCGAGCUAGCCAAACGUCCCAAAAUUUAA